AUGAACCAAAAAUCUGUAUUAAUUUAUAAUGCAAGUCAAAAAUAUCCAACUUGUGCACUAUUAUCAGAUAUGAUUGGAGAAGCUUUAUUUCAGGAACCUGAUUUGUUAUUAAAAUCAGUUGAUUAUGUUGAUUUAGAAUUUGAUACGUUGGUUUGGUUACUUCAACGAGAUGAUCUGUCGAUGAGUGAGAUGGAAAUCUGGAGACAUGUAGUUCAAUGGUGUUUGAAUAAACUUGAUAGAAAACUUGAUACAGAUCUUAAAAAAUGGAAUGAUCAAGACUUUGAUGAAUUUCAAAAGGUUAUAGGCCCAAUAUUACCUUAUAUUCGUUGGUGCCAAAUUAAAAAAGAAGAUUUUAGUAAACAAGUUGAUGAUUUUAAAAAGAUAAUACCUGAUGAAUUAUAUGAAGUAAAAGAUGAUACGAUAGUGCCUUCACCAACUUAUACGAAGUCUACAACUAGAAUACCAUCGGUACUCAUUACUCCUAAACAAGCUGCAAAAAUUGCAAGUUGGAUUGAUGGGUUAGAUCUUAAAUCCAAAGAAUUUUAUGAUGCACGUAAUAUACCAUAUGAUUUCAACCUGAUUGUUAGAGGCAGUAGAGAUCAAAAAUUUUAUCAAAACACUUUUUCACAGAAUAGAUGUGUUGUAAUUAUUAAACCAUUCUCUUGUUAA